AAAACAAACAGAAAGCUGGCCCUCUCUCCCCAGGACUGGCCCUGUCAGUGAACCUGUGGCCCGGGACCACAGGUUAAUCUUUGGCCCAGGCUGGCCUUGGUGGCCGAACCAUUGUGGAUGACGAAAGGCUCUCUGCCGAGGAGAUGGAUGAGAGGCGGCGGCAGAACAUUGCUUAUGAGUAUCUGUGCCACCUAGAGGAAGCCAAAAGGUGGAUGGAAGUCUGCUUAGUUGAAGAAUUGCCACCGACCACUGAGCUGGAAGAAGGGCUCCGGAAUGGAGUUUACCUUGCAAAGCUAGCCAAAUUCUUUGCCCCAAAAAUGGUAUCAGAGAAAAAGAUCUAUGAUGUGGAACAAACACGCUAUAAGAAGUCCGGCUUGCACUUUCGACACACAGAUAACACCGUCCAGUGGUUGAGAGCGAUGGAGUCCAUUGGUCUACCCAAGAUAUUUUAUCCAGAAACAACAGAUGUCUAUGAUCGGAAAAACAUACCAAGAAUGAUAUAUUGCAUUCACGCACUGAGUUUAUAUCUGUUCAAACUAGGAAUAGCACCCCAGAUCCAAGAUUUGUUGGGCAAAGUAGACUUCACAGAGGAGGAAAUCAGUAAUAUGAGAAAAGAACUUGAGAAAUAUGGAAUACAGAUGCCAUCUUUCAGCAAAAUAGGUGGCAUUCUGGCCAAUGAACUGUCUGUGGAUGAAGCUGCAUUACAUGCUGCAGUUAUAGCCAUUAAUGAAGCUGUUGAAAAAGGAAUAGCAGAGCAGACUAUUAUAACGCUAAGAAACCCAAAUGCAGUUUUAACUUUUGUGGAUGACUACCUUGCACAGGAAUAUCAGAAAGAACUCUGGGAAGCCAAAAAGAAAAAAGAGGAAAAUGCAAGACUGAAGAAUAGCUGUAUUUCAGAAGAAGAAAGAGAUGCAUAUGAGGAACUGCUGACUCAAGCAGAAAUCCAAGGCAACAUUAAUGCAGUCAACAGGCAGGCUGCUGUGGACCAUAUCAAUGCUGUCAUUCUGGAAGGUGACCCUGAGAACACGCUGCUUGCGCUGAAGAAGCCAGAGGCCCAGCUGCCUGCUGUUUAUCCUUUUGCUGCUGCCAUGUAUCAGAACGAGCUCUUCAACCUCCAGAAACAGAAUGCCAUGAACUACUUGGCCCACGAGGAACUCUCGAUUGCUGUGGAAAUGUUGUCUGCUGUUGCUUUGCUCAACCAGGCCCUGGAAAGCAACGAUCUUGUGUCUGUGCAGGAUCAACUCAGAAGCCCCACAAUAGGCCUAAACAAUCUGGACAAGGCAUAUAUGGAACGUUAUGCAAAUGCUCUGCUCUCUAUCAAACUAGAAGCCUUAUCCCAAGGGCAAGAUAACUUAAGCUGGAAUGAAAUUCAGAAUUGUAUUGACAUGGUUAAUGCUCAGAUUCAAGAAGAAAAUGACC